AUGGAUAGAUCCGCUGGUUUCAUACGGACAUUCGACGCUUUUCUGGACGAGGUGGUUCGAAAAGAUCUGGUCAUCAAUCUGGAUUUGGUCGUGGCCAUGCCGUGUAACUAUAUCCAUACUAAUGUCAGAGACGCUACUGAUGAUAGAUUCCUGGCAGCAGAGUUGUUGAAUUACCAGGGUGCGGUGUUUAACAUCCCUCAUUGGUAUCAGGAAUCGGACAAAAAGAUUGUUACACCCGAGCUCGAGCAAGUUCUUGAGAGAUCGGUUCCCGCAGCUUUCCAAAUGAAAGGAGAACACCGCGACGAAGGAGCUCCAGCGUGUCGUAUAUACGGAGCCAUUCCCGUGAAUAGAGUCAAGGGAGAAUUCCAUAUCACAGGCAAGGGAUAUGGAUACAGAGAUAGAACGCACACUCCGAUGCAAGCACUCAAUUUUACACAUGCAAUCUCGGAGUUUUCAUAUGGAGAGUUUUUUCCAUUUCUAGACAAUCCACUAGAUAUGACCAUCAAAUCAACCAACGAAAAUAUCCAUUCGUUCAGAUACCAUAUCAGCGUGGUUCCAACAUUGUACCGCAAACUGGGACUGGAGAUCGAUACCAACCAAUACUCGCUUUCCCUCACCGAAUCAUCUGGUAGAUACGUUCCGGGAAUUUUCUUCCAGUACGAUUUUGAGCCAAUUAAGAUGGUGAUCGAAGAAAAGAGACUUUCGUUUUGGCAGUUUGUUGUCAGGCUGGUGACCAUUCUAGGUGGAAUCAUGGUGGUCGCAGGCUGGCUUUACAAACUGCUCGACAAGGCUCUUUUGCUGACGUUCGGAAAGGAGUUUGCCAAGAGAGGAGAAGAGAAAAAGAGCGGAGGACUGUUGGAUAAGGUGGAAGAAUUUGAAAAAAUCUAG